AUGGGUGAGAUCGAUGGGAAGCGACAUGAGCCCGAUAGGGCGCACGACGAUGACGAAGAACCUACACGAAAGCGGCCGUCUUCUGCAAUAAUGGGUAUCACUCGGUCUAUCGCAGCUUGCAAGAGAUGUAGGAUGAAGAAAAUAAAGUGCGAUCAACGGUUCCCCACUUGCUCUAAAUGCGCAUCUUCAAACUCGCCGUGUGUUUCUGUGGAUCCAGCAACCGGCCGAGAUGUUCCGAGAUCAUAUGUGGUUUACUUGGAGGAUAGACUGGAGGCGAUGAUGCAGAAACUCACCGACUGUGGAGUAGAUCCCAGUGAAGUCCAAGGAAACAUCCCAGCAACGGAUCAAGACAAUGCUUGCGAUCUCGGGAUUUACGAGGAAAGACUCAGGUCAGAGCAUAAAAUACAGCACGAUAACGCUAUUGCGGGCUACAUCAUAAACAAUGGAACGUCCAUGAAGAAAGGAGUGAUCAAAAGCGCAAAGCGGGAGAUCGAUUCGUCCGAGAAUUGCUCUAUAUCCAGUGAACAUGAAGCCUGCGAGCCUAUCUCAGAACUAAGUGAAUCUGCUAAAAGCAUUCAAGGACUUGGUUCCAUGAAGCAUUCACACCAAAAAUCGACAGAGUCUACCUUGGGUGCUGCCUCCAAUUCUUAUUUGGGGGAUUCCUCCGGUAUUCCAUUUGCCAAGCUCAUAUUAACCGCGAUAAACUUUAUGCCUGAUGCAGUAGAACAAGCAUCAAAGGAAGCGGACGAUGGCCCUGUAGAAGACAAUGACAACAGCGAGCUCAAGCUAUCUUUUUUGCCAAACAAAAAAAAAGCCCAAGCUUUGAUCUCCCAGUAUUUCACUAGUUGCAAUGCUCAGCUCCCAAUCUUACAUCGAGAGUACUUUUUAAGGAAAUUCUUUGAGCCUGUAUACGGACUAUGGGAUACCAAUGUCUCCUUGAGCUCUGACACCACAAUGAUCAACAAAAAUUUCAAGCUCCCAUCGGAAAAAACCCACCCAGAACUACAAGGUGAGCAAUGGUACAAGCCAUCACUCUCGCUGCAGGAUAGUGAGGAUCUGAAAAUUCCAGGUAAGUUUCACAUACCGCUCUUUUUUUUGAAUAUUGUGAUGGCCAUUGGGGAUUCUGCAAAGAUUUUAGCAGCUGAUGAACGCGAGUCGGCAGCUUUUAAAGGCCGAGCAUCAGCACUAAUUGACGCUUUGUUCAAAUCCGAUGAUCAAAUGGAAGCCUUAGCGGGCACUCUACUGGUUGCUCAGUACUCAACUAUGCGACCAAAUGUUCCCGGGGUGUGGUAUACAAUGGGUUCAGCCUUGCGACUUGCGGUAGAUCUUGGCUUACAUGCAGAGAAGUUGAAUCAGAACUACGACCCUUUUACGAGGGACAUGAGACGAAGAUUGUUUUGGUGUACAUAUUCACUAGAUCGUCAGAUCUGCGCAUUUUUCGGUCGUCCAUUUGGAAUUCCCGAUGAAAACAUCACCAGUGCAUUUCCUAGUGCACUAGAUGACGCUUUGAUCACUACUACUGUGGACGAUAUAGAUGACUAUUCGGAAGCCAAAAGCGCAAUGGCAUCUUACAAAUGCGUGGCGCUUGCGUUUUUCAAAAUACGAAAGCUUCAAGCCAACAUCGUGCAGGUACUAUAUACCCAAAAGAAGCUCCCUGGAGGUUCAGAAAAUCUGGCUGCAUGGAGAGAAAAGAUGAACGGAUGUUUAGAUGAUUGGUUUCUUAAACAGGUGCCCAAGACUACUAGAAAGAUGAAUUGCGAUUUCCGGAGUGAUCUUUUCCAGCUCGAGCUUUUCCACUCGAAGGUUUUGCUCUACGGCUUAUGUCCAAAAUCAAUGCAUUUAGACGAGCAUGGCCACAAGAUGGUGUAUCACGGUACUAAGGGUAUCAUUGACGUCUACUACAAGUUGUGCAAAGAGGGGAAUAUAAUGUACACAUGGUUUGCCGUACACACGCUAUUUAUGUCUGGUGUUACGUUUUUGUACGUACUUCACAACGCUGGCGUUGAAUUAGGAGAGACGAUCCAGGAUGCGGAGAGAACGUGUGUGCAGUUAGUGUACGUUUUGGAGAAACUGGUUGGGAAAUGCGAGGCUGCGAAGAAGGGUUCGAUUAUUUUCAAGGUACUCUCAGCUGCGAUUUUGAAACUAAAGAUAGAGAAGUCUGAGCGGUCACGAUCGGGGGCACAGCCCGCGCCGCCACAACGAGAGCCUGAGCGCAAAUCUGACACCUCUUCAUCAAGUAGUUCACGUCUUGCGUUGGACCCGGUCGAAAGCAGCGACGGCAGUUUGGUUGCUCUUGGUGAAGAGCCACGCUUCAACGCUGCGACUGGAGUGGAUUACGGUGCGCUUGACCAAUUUUUCGCGGAACUCGAUAAACUUUCCCCAUUCUCAGAUCUGGGCGCAGAUCUGAGUGCGGAUAUUGCCAAGAGCUAUGAAUCUCCGACACAAUGGGUGUCGCCAGCGGCGCCCGGUGCUCAUCCGGCAAAAUCCGCUGCUGCUGAACCUGUUAAACCAGAAACCGGUGAAGUACAGCCCCAGGAAAAAUCCGAUUCGGAAAUUUCCGCAACACACACGGCUUCUGAUCGUGCAAAGUCGACGUCCAACGAUGGCCAGCGUGUCUACGACAUGAUGAGCCAGUUUAGCGUGGAAACCGUGUGGGACCAGGUAUUCAACACUGGCGGCGUCUAUGGCGUGAGCUACGGCAACCAGGAUCAGUAA